GACACGUGUAACUUGAGACCCUAAUGUGGCCAUUCACCUCUGUCCAGCAACUCCUAUCCCAACCUCCACGUGGUGCCGACCGGAAUACGAGUAACCUUAGCGGAGAUCGGGUAACCAACCCCGGUGGAAACUAUGGUCGUAUGCUGACUGGGAAGGGGGUCGUACGCGGCUGUAUCCCCAUAGGGGCGGCGUACAACAGCGUCUGACCCGGAGCGGGCGGCUGAAUUAUGGAAUGCUGUAUCCCGCCAGCUACACCUAAGAUGGCAGCCCCAUCAGCAGGAUGUAGGUAUCGCGACCCUGGUAAGGUAGCAUACCGAAACAUUUCACCAACCACGAACAACGAUUUUAGAAAUACGGAACGGAUCAAUCGGCAAAGACCUAGGCUACGAACACGGAAAAAGAUUAAGGUAAACGAUUGGAAAUUGGGUACUUGGAACGUCCGAUCUCUCAAUGAACCGGCGCGGGCUGGCUUGCUUGCUCGAGAACUACAGCGUCAGGGAGUCGAAAUCGCAGUGAUUCAGGAGGUUCGGUGGCCAAAUUCCGGAGAAAGGGGAUUCCGUGCAGUAGACCCUAUUGCACGCACUUCUUUCAAGUACCACAUCUACUACAGUGGCGGCAAAGCAGCGGAACGGGGCGUCGGUUUCGUAGUGCUGGGAAAUCAGAAAACAAGAGUCAUCCGAUGGAGGCCCGUAGAUGACCGUAUAUGCGUGUUGAGGAUUAAGGGCAAAUUCUUCAACUACAGUUUAAUCAACACCUACGCACCGACAAACGACAAAUCCGAUGAAGUCAAAGAUGAGUUCUAUGACAAGCUUGAGCGAAUCUAUGACGAGUGCCCAAAACACGACGUAAAAGUCGUCAUCGGAGACGCAAACGCACAGGUUGGGAGGGAGGAAUUCUUCCGUCCGGUCAUUGGAAGGCAUAGCCUCCACUCGUCAUCCAAUGAAAACGGCCUGAGGCUGAUAAACUUUGCCGCAGCCAGAGGAAUGGCCAAAUGUAGCUCCUAUUUUCCACGUUUGAAUAUUCGGAAACACACCUGGAGGCAUCCAAAUGGAGAAGCCUGCUCCCAGAUCGAUCACGUACUGAUUGACGGUCGGCACUUUUCGGAUGUUACUGAUGUUAGGUCUUUUCGGGGACCAAACAUUGACUCUGACCAUUAUCUCGUCGUUUGUAAGAUCCGCGCGCGGUUGUCGAACGUGCUGAAAUCUCGCACAGAGAGGGCGACGCGUUUCAACAUUCAGCGGUUGAAAGCUGAUGGCGUGACAGCAGAAUACGCCAGAGAGCUGGAUCAACGGAUCGCAGAACAGCAGGAGGAAGGAGUGGAAGACAUAAAUGGGCUGUGGAGCAGUAUUCACGGCGCCAUCGAAACGACUGCGAGAGAGGUGGUAGGUACGACGCGUGGAAGGCAGCCUAACGGCUGGUUCGAUGCCGAGUGCCAGAGAGCGACAGAUGAGAAGAACCGUGCCAGGAGCCGCAUGCUCACUGCGGCUACGCGUCAGAACAGAGAGAGGUACAGGGUGGCAAGAGCUGCUGAAAAUAGAACCCACCGUCGGAAGAAGCGCGAGUACGAGGAGCAGAUGCUCGCCAGCGCAGAGGACAGCUAUGCUCAAAACGACGUGCGGAGAUUCUAUAGAACUGUCAACAGAGUCAGAAGCAGGAAUUUUCCGGUGCCAGUCAUGUGUAAUGACAAGGACGGCAACCUGCUUACUGGUAAACCGACGGUUGCAGCCAGGUGGAAGGAGCAUUUUCAGGCGCUAUUGAACGGUGAGGUACCGGAUGAGCAGAGCAGGAACAGGAUGACGAUUAUGAGUGACGAACAAGCUGUGGAGCCACCAACACAGGAGGAGGUGAAAAAGGCGAUUAAUGAGCUGAAAAACGGCAAGGCCGCUGGUAAGGACGGUAUCCCGGCCGAACUUCUAAAAGCGGGAAGCGAGCGGCUGUACUAUGCGGUCCACCAGAUAAUACUAAGAAUCUGGGCGGACGAACAAAUGCCGAACGACUGGUUGGAAGGCCUCAUAUGCCCUAUCUAUAAGAAGGGCCAUCGAUUGGAUUGUGGCAACUAUCGAGGGAUAACGUUGCUCAACUCCGCAUAUAAAGUUCUCUCCCGUAUCCUGUUCUUCAGAUUGAGACCGCUAGCGGAAUCUUUUGUUGGCGAAUACCAGGCUGGUUUUCGACAAGGGCGUUCCACGACGGAUCAAAUUUUCACCCUGCGACAGAUCCUCGAUAAGUUCCGGGAGUACAACUUAUCGACUCACCAUCUUUUUGUGGACUUCAGGGCGGCAUACGACUCAGUGAAAAGAAACGAGCUGUGGCAGAUCAUGCUGGAACACGGUUUCCCUGCGAAACUAAUAAAGCUGAGUCGUAUGACACUGGAGGGAUCAAAAUCGUGCGUGCGGAUAGCUGGCAAGACAUCAGCCGCGUUCGUAACGUUGGAUGGACUGAAGCAGGGGGAUGCGCUCUCCAACCUACUGUUUAACAUCGCUCUUGAGGGUGCAGUACGAAGAGCAAACGUCGAAAGAAACGGUACGAUCAUCACAAAAUCUCACAUGCUUCUUGGCUUUGCGGACGACGUCGAUAUCAUCGGUAUCAACCGUAAGGCCGUGGAGGAUGCCUUCGUACCUUUUAAGAGAGAAGCAGCGAGAUUGGGACUUGUCAUUAACUCUGCCAAAACGAAGUACAUGGUAGCUGGCAGAGAGCGUGGGAGUCCCCGUGGUGUUGGUGCUGAGGUGGAGAUAGAUGGGGAACGAUUUGAAGUGGUUGACGAAUUCGUUUAUCUUGGUACGCUUGUGACAUGUGACAACGAUAUGAGCCGUGAAGUGAAACAACGAGUUGCAGCUGCGAACAGGGCUUUCUACGGACUGCGUAACCAGCUAAGGUCCCGUAGUUUGCAAACUCGCACAAAACUAGCGCUGUAUAUGACGCUGAUACUCCCGGUGGCCCUUUACGGACAUGAAGCAUGGACGCUGAAGGAAGCUGAUCGACGAGUGCUCGGAGUUUUUGAGCGUAAAAUUCUGCGAUCGAUACUUGGCGGUAAACUGGUUGUACCAGGUAUACAAACAUGCUGAUAUAGUGAAGGUAAUACAGCGGGGCAGGCUGCAGUGGGCUGGACAUGUAGCCAGGAUGCCUGACGAGAGAGCCGCCAAAACUAUCUUCAGUAGAGAACCAGGAAGAGGCCGUCGACUCCGUGGUAGGCCUCGCACGCGGUGGAUGUGCGCGGUGGAAGAAGAUGCACGAUCUGCUGGUGUACGGGGAGACUGGAGAACGGCUGCUCAAGACAGAAGAAGAUGGACAUCUCUAAUUCGUUCGGCCCUGGACCGGUGAACGGUCCGUUAGCCAAAAAAGUAAAGUAAGUAUUUGUGCGCAAAAGAAUUGUAUGAUUGGUCUAAUCAGAAAAGUAAUGAAAAUUCAUCAAAAAUGUCAUUUAGUUGGGUAUCAGAUGAAAAAAAUGCACAAGGAGUAACAGAAUGGAGCAAUAUUUUCAAAAAAUCAAUAACAAUA